AUGUCAAACACAACAUCGGCCUCACAGCCGGUCAAUGCUGCAAAAAGGGAAGCACCAAUCCAAAGAGCUCAAGAAGCCGACGAGCUUCUCACCUCUGUCAAAGACCUCAUCACAAACUUCAUCCGCUCCGCCGACCAAGAUGCCUCUUCUCAAGCCUCAGGCCACGGCCUCCAAGUCCCCGGCGGCGGUCCCCGCUCCGUGCUCGUCGAGCACCACGCUCCCAAGAAACUCGAAUCCCUCCUCUCCCUCUCCCUCCCUGAUCAAGGUCUCGGCCACGAAGGCUUCCUCUCCUUCACCAAGGAACUCCUCCAAUACAGCGUAAAUACCUGGGACCAAGGCUUCCUCGCCAAACUCUACGCCUCCACCACACCCGUCGGCCUCGCCGCCGACCUCCUCCUCAGCGCCCUCAACACCAACGUCCACGUCUACUCCGUUUCGCCGGCCCUGACUCUCGUUGAGAAACGUACAUCGCGCGCCCUCGCCGCCCUCUACGGCUGGGAAGGCCCCCACGCAGGCGGCGUCUCCCAACCAGGCGGCAGCGCAGCCAACCUGUCCGCCGUGGUGAUCGCGCGAAACAACCUCUUCCCCGAAACCAAAACUGACGGCAACGGCACCCAUCGCUUCGUCCUCUUCACUUCCGCCCACGGCCACUACAGCCUCGAGAAAGCCGCGCAGAUGCUCGGCCUCGGGGCGCGCGCAGCCCGCAGCGUCGCCGUCGACGAGCAAGGCGCCAUGCGCCCCGACGCCCUCAAAGCCGCCGUGCAAGCCGCAAAGGAAGCCGGCGAAACGCCCUUCUUCGUCAACGCCACGGCCGGAACGACAGUUCUCGGCGCAUAUGACCCGCUGGACGCCAUUGCGUCGGUGUGCGAGGAAUUCGGGCUGUGGCUGCACGUCGACGGAUCCUGGGGCGGGCCCGCGAUCUUCAGCGACACGCACAAGGCGAAAUUGGCGGGCAGUGCGCGCGCGGACAGCCUGACGGUCAGCCCGCAUAAAAUGCUGGGCGUGCCGGUGACGUGUAGUUUCCUGCUGGGCAAAGACCUCCGGCGGUUCCACAAGGGCAUGAGUCUGCCCGCGGCGUACCUCUUCCACGACAAUGACGACCAGACCGACUCCGCCGCCCGCGGCUUGGCCGCAGCGCACAUCACCGACCCCUCCCCCGCCGACUCCCUCUCCACGCCGCCCGACCCGUCCACCAACGAAUCCCCUCCGCCAAACGCACAGGACAUCUACGACCUCGCAGACCUCGUGCCGCAGUGCGGCCGUCGAGGCGACAGUCUGAAACUCGCCCUGACAUGGCUGGCGAUCGGCCGCUCGGGCCUCGCCGACUACGUCGACACGGCGUUUGCCCGAGCGAGCGAACUCGCCGAUUUGGUGUCGCGCCACGAAGAAUUGAGGCUCGCGUCGACGAAUCCGCCGCCUUGUCUGCAGGUGUGCUUUUACUACUCUCGAGGAGGUCCCGAGGGAGCCAAGGGGAAGAAGGAAUGGAACGACCGCGUCACGGAACAGAUUGCCAAACGGCUCGUGCCGCGGGGUUUCAUGACCGACUAUGCGCCUGGGGACGAAGGUAAAUUUCUGCGGGUGGUGGUGAAUGGGCAGACGAGGAGGGAGACGUUGGAGGGACUGGUCCGGGCGGUGGUGGAGAGUGGGGAGGAGGUUGUCAAAGGGUUGGAGGAGGGGAAGUAA